AUGCCGGCGAUACCAAGAGUCGACCGUCUGAAGAACCUUUACACAGCUGCCAAAGCCUUGAAUUUUGGUUUUAGACUUGAAGGUAAGUAUUCCCAUUUCUUUUCUUCAUUUUCAAUAUUUAGGCUUUCCAUCGGUUCCUCAACACAGUGGUUGGGCUAGACGAGCUAUUCCCCAACUGCAUCGAUUGACGAUCAACUUUGAUCUGAAGAAUGAAGCUUCCGUCGGAACUCGGCAGUUUAUUGAAGUGGAGUUGGGAAACUUCGCCCGCGCGAAUCCCUCUGUGGCCAUUUAUGUGAUUCCAAGGCGACAAACAGUGCCAACAGUUCGUGGAGAGUAUGCCAAUGGCCGGACAGUGCAUUUGAACUUGAAAGGAAUGAUGUGGGUUGACUUUUUUUUAUUGUUCUCUUGAUUUUAGGUGAUGAUGAAGAAAAAUAUGUGUUGAAGGUUGAAUUUCGAUUAUUUUGAUGCCAUUUUUUGCAGAAAUCUGUAGAAAGGGUACGAAUGCAAUUAGCGGUGUUUUUGAGGCAAUCGUUUCCGCGAAUUCUGAUAUCUCUCAAUUUUUCGGAUGUUGUCCAUUAUGAAAUUCCAGAGGAUCAAAAGUUGCUAAAAACGAAAUUCUUUUGACUUAUCCGAGCUUAAAUCAGUUUCAGAAGACCAUAAAUGCCAUUUUGGAUAUAAAUUUUCUCAUUUCCAGGCUGAACGAAGUCUCCCGUCACAUGAAUGAUCUCCGUUGCCGCUCUGGUGAGCCAAUUGUGAAGCUGAAAUCGCUUCAAACCGCUCAGAUCAAGUCAGUUCAAGGAGAAUGGAGUCCACUGGACAAACUAGAUGUUACACAGAACAUUUAUCAUGGAAAUCUGCCACAGCCGCAGUUCAACGAGCCGCUGACGACGGAGAUUUCGGCAACCGAAUAUGUGAUGAGGAAUAGUGUGGAGAGUAAUUGA